CAUUAAUCCAAUUUCAGGCCUCCAGCUACAGCACCGUUGCUGAUUGAUCUGCACGCUUAUGCAACAACUGGGUAGCAUCCGGAGGUUGGUUACAGUUGAUCGGAUCUCGCAGCCUGUCCAUCAGCCGGAACUCCGGUUACAAUACCGCCCCGAACAGCAAUUCAAAUGCCGGUCCGGACGCCGUAGUGGUGUGUGUUCACUGUUGAGGCCGAAUGAUGAGACAAAACAUUCAAGCGAGCUGGCCUUACCCCAGGUUUGGCCCAGACAAUGUCCGAGACUGUGAAACAUAACUUCUAGGGUACACUUGACCUCUCGUUAUUUCUCUCAAUAUGUGGAUGCAGUUAUCCAGCAUUACACAAAACUCUGGCCUCAUGAUCGCCAGUGUCUCUGUAUUCAACGACCCUCACAAGCUGUUUACAGAUCAUAGAAUUGCUGGUCUUGACUCCUGUCCCAAGUCACCAAGUCCAAUGUGUUCUAGAUCUGUGAUCACCAGCGGCUCGGUCAGCCCAUGGACCCUUAUGCAUGUAGACGAUCCGGGCCUCCUGACCGCCCAGCCGGAUUUAUCCAACGCUGCUAGGAGUGACAGCAGUCUUGGACCAGUACAAUGCGAUACUCACAGUGGAGGAAAAUCCUUAGCCUUGACGGCCUACUCUCUGCUAUUAUCCUAAUCUGAUAUACCAGGUCUGAGGCGCCAUCAGCUGAACCUUACACCCCCCCCCGGUUCGCAACGACAUGCGGUGCUCACUGGUCUGAGCUACUUAGUUGAUAAAGAUGGCGCAUGGCAUGCCCAAGAAUCCUCAAACUAAGUUGUUGUUAUUGUUUCAAGCUCAACACAAGUCACGGCAAGGUCUCUUGUCCUCCGAGUGCCCUGGGUGCCAGGAAACCUCUAUCGAUCAUUGAUGGGGAUACAGCCCGUACAGCUCGGAAAUUGUGUCCUGUCAUGGCAUCUCGAACUAAAGGAUACCGGGCCUGUAUCGCUUCGGCAGGAAAACUAUGAGAAAGGUUCGAGGCUUGGUCUUGAAGUUGAUAAUUUUUGGAAGUUCCAGAUCUGGAUUGUGCUCAUGCUGUAUUCUGAGAACAAUGUCCACGCAAGUGCAUGGUAUUAGAGGCCUCUGGAGCUUUCAAUAAGCCACAAGAUACAUGAGUGAGGAACCGGACAUAAUGACCUUCAAGUCCAUAUGAAUCAUGCAUGAGACCAGCGUGGGCGAAGUUGGUAGGUACCUACCUAAGCAAGGGAGGCGAGCAAACCUGAGAUCUUUAUGGCAAGUGAUGAAAAGGCUUAGGCAAUUUAGUCUAAAUUUGGGAGAGUCUUUACUGAGUUUAUUUUGGAAUCCUCUUCUAAGUCUCAUAUUUAUUUUGCAUUCAGCAGCUGUUGCUCGACAUGGAGACCUGCAUAAUGGGAAGAGUCCAGGCUGGAAACGACUGGAGACCGAGUCAAGCUGGGCAUUCUCUCUCGGCUUCCACUCUUACAAAAAAUCAAUCUUCUGCUGGAUAUGACCAAGUUGCCGUAUGCUCUGAAAGUUCGAGGGUAUAUGGAAAUCUCUGGCAUUGAAGAGGCACUUUGGAACUGUUACAAGAGAGGCAAGCAGUGGCAAGCGCUCAUGAAUGAAUAGAAGGAGAAGGUAAAGGGCACUAGUAACGGCUUAUAAUAAUACAUUAGUUAUGGAAAUCAAUUAUAGAGUUUUAAGCGGCUGAUAGUUAUCACAGUACUCUCUUUAGCAG